UCUGGUAUUCAAGCCAUAAAGCAGGUUUGGAUUUAAAUCCUCAAAUUGCUUUUUAUGGGGUCAUUGUUAUUUCACCGCAGUGUGAUUUGGUACAUUCAUUUGAAGUGUUUUAGGGUACUUAAUUGUAAACUUGUGAAACAAUACCUCGCAGUGUGACGCUUGGAGCAAAAGUAAAGAAGGACACGUUUCCUUUGUUGGAAGUUGAAAAAAAUAUUUCCAACAAUUUUUCCUCAGACCAGAUGACAUAUCUUAUGUAUUGUACCGGGUUCAACGUAGAGGAGACGGUUAAGCCAAAUACGUAUCCAGACAAUACGUAUUUUUUUUGUCGAAGGCAUCCCGGUGAGAUGGACAAGGAGGAGGAAAUCAAAUUGAACAGUGGCAAGGUGAAUGAGUCCGGCGUCCACCCCAUACCAGUUGUUAGGGGUGUGGGGCGUCCACGCAAAAGACGCUGCAAAGACGUCAAAGACUACGGCUGGGCUUGGGUUGUGUGCUUUGGCUCUUUUGUUAUAAACUUUUUGGCCGAUGGGAUUUUAUUCUCAUUUGGUGUGCUGUAUCUAGAAUUGUUGGACUAUUUCGGGGCGUCGAAGGCUGUGACAGCUGCGGUGGGAUCAACCACCAUGGGAAUGCACAUGCUUGCAGGACCACUGGUUAGCGCAUUGGUGAACAGAUUUGGCUGCCGCCGAGUGACUAUCACGGGGAGUUUACUAGCGUCGUUCUCAAUAUUCGUCAGCACUUUCUCCCCCAACAUCUACAUCAUGAUAGUGACCCUGGGGUUCUUGACCGGUCUUGGGAUAGGCAUGAUGUACAUCCCUGCCAUCAUCAUAAUUGGAUUUUAUUUUGAACGACGCCGGGCACUUGCUAAUGGACUAGGGAUGUGCGGUUCUGGCAUCGGGUUCUUUGCGUAUGCGCCUCUCACGAAGUACCUGUUCGAGAUAUUCUAUUGGAAAGGUGGUCUGAUUAUCAUAGCCGGUAUAACCCUGCACGGAGUUAUUUCUGGGGCCGUCUACAGGACUAUCGAGGAGGACGAUGAGGAGGACGAAAGCGAUCUCACUACGAAGUCACGUACGCUACAUUUGCAAACAGACGGUGCACCAAAACCAGUGGAUACGUUUGACACCGGGCUUAGCGGGACAGAGCAUCCUUUCUCCUCGCUUCGUUCUUUGAAUAUCAACAAUUAUCCUUGGGACGAGAAGCCCCAUAAAAAUUUUCUGUCUAAUCCUCAGGUCAACAGGGUAAAAAUGGAACACUUUAACUCAAGCACACCCCCGAACGCCCCAAACUCAAUGGUGACACUUUCGCAAGACCGUGACAAUACAGAAGCGCGCACAUCAUGGAAAAAGAUGUUACCAAAACACAAUCACAGGCUUAGUCAUUCACGACGUUCUUUGAACUCAAAUUCAAGACUCGGGCCCUUGUACAGAAAAGACAUUUUCUACAGUGGAAGUAUAAUGAAUCUGAAGGAAUAUAAAGAAAGUUCUAGCAUCAACUCAUUCAAACACAGUAUGAGCAAUUUGCCACUCGAGGAAAGUCCAGAACAAGUUGACUCGUCCACGUUCAAGGAUGUCCUUGUAAUGAUGUUAGACCCAGUACUAUUUAAGAAUCCAGUUUUCGUUGUCCUAGCAAUUUCACACUUUUUAUGGACAGCUCAAACGACGCCAUUCACCUACAUUGGCGACCAUGCCGUGCACCAUGGUAUGAACAAACAGCAUGCCGCCUUCCUGCUCAUGUGCUCGGGGAUCACAUCCACCAUCAGCAGAGUGGUCAUGGGUCUAGUGGCGGACUGCCAGCGAGUAGACCCAUUGAAACUGUACUAUUGCAGCCUGAUUUUACAAAGCAUUAUAUGUAUGGCGUUGCCUUUCUGUCACACUUUUGAAAUACUUAUUGCCUGCGCUCUUGCCUUUGGAUUUAACGCGGGUUCUUAUGUAUCACUACGAACCAUAGUCAUCGUAGACUUACUGGGAGUAGGGAAAUUAACAAAUGCCUUCGGAUGGAUAGCAAUGUUUCAAGGCAUCGGUUACAUAAUCUGCCCUGUUAUAACAGGCUCCAUUCACGACGUAUCAGGGAACUUCUACGCCCCAUUCGGACUUGCCGCCGCCCUGUUCUUUCUGGCGGGCUUGGUUUGCUUUCCUCUUCGCCAUCUGGCCAGGUCGCGAGCCAAGUGCAACCUCUGUGGGGAACUGCUGACGAAGUGUUCUGGAAAGUGCUCCGAAAUUGCUACAUCCGAAACAUUCUCGGGCGGUUCAUAACUUACGGCUUCCUCCUGUGCGUGCUUAUCGUAUAUUAUAAGUGGGGCGGUUCUCUUCUCUUUGGACGAUAAAGCUUCCAGAAAUACCGCGCCUUUUCAAGCAGAUGGCAAAGGUAGAGAUCCCCGACUGUCUUUAUACUUAUCAAUAUAGACCUCGGACUAAAGACAAUUUGAACGCGGACAGGGAAUGCCCACACAGGGAUGCUUUGAGGUUAAAUUUUUUAUCAGGCAGCAGUAUAGUUUUUACGAUGCAAAUCGAACAUAUGCAUUUUGCUUACUGUUGAAAAAGGCUAUUCUGGCAAUAGUUCUCCUUGGAUACUUUAUUUUCAUUGGAUGAACAUGAUAUGCAAUAUCAGGUCAUUAUAAAACAUUGCAUGGAUUUCUAUACACCAAUAUUUGGUGGGUUUUUAUUAAGCAUAAUAUGCAUUAAAACCAGAUUUUAUCAAAAGUUUUGUAAGAUUUAACAUAACCUCAAUCUAUCUAUGCAUAAACAAUUUCAGAGGAAUAAAAUGUGUUAGAAGCAUAAUAGAUGAUCCCAGAAAACAAGACGACGAAUAGAUAUUGGAUGAUGUUUGGACAGCUGACUUUCAGAGCAAGGUCACUGACAUUGUUUAAAAUGUUCGCUUUUUCACAAGAGUUACGAUUUUCUGAAUUUUUGUGUCUUAUAUACAUGUACAGGUGCCAUUUAUGAAUACGUAAAUACAAAAAUUAUGCAUC